AAAUUUCCAAUUUCCAGGGCAAUGGUCUACAUUAAUCACACAGAUUCGGUUUGGGUAAAACAGUUCCAUGACAAGGUGAAUAGUAUGGGCUUCGAACUAUGCCUGGACGCCAAGGAUUUUAUUGCUGGUGAAAGUAUAGCAGUAAAUGUAAUAAAUGCAAUCGAUUCCAGCAGAAAGGUUAUAUUUAUUAUAACUCACGAUUUCCUAAAGAGCACCUGGGGGUCAUAUGAGAUGGAGUUGACCCGUAUGCAUGCAUUUCAGAAAGGAAGAGAAGAUAUGGUUAUCAUCGUGGUGAAGGAUAAGAUUAAAGUUAGCGAUAUGCCUAAAAUACUAAAAAGUAUUUGGUUUAAAAUUAUUUGUAUCCAAUGGCCAAAUGAUGACAAUCUGCCAUACAAUACAGAAGAACAUUUUUAUGAAAAGCUGAAGAUUUCUCUCCAACAGAACGAAGAAUCUACAGGGAAUUUAGUUAUAUAGAACUGUUGUUUUCGUGUCAAUCAAAAAAAGUUUGAUUACAUUUUCAAGUUAUGUUUUGAUAAUAUUGCUGCAUUACUUAAAGUCAUAUGAAACGAGUGACUGUUGAAAAAUGAUGUUUAUCCAAUUCUUGAACCAAUGCGUGUAAACAUCAUAAAAUUAGUCCUCUGUGCACGAUUUUAUCAUUUUUUCGCGAAUAUAUCGUAAAAUCGUCA